AUGCAUUUCCAGAUCUACGUACCCCACGAUGUCUGUCGCCAGACCAAGGGCCAACUUCUCGGCUAUGAGAUCCAGAAUGUGUAUGUGAUCAUCCAACGUGUUGACAAACUCUCAAGGAAGGCAUAUUUACCCUCAGAUCCAGACUUGAAACACAUUGGUACCAUCAAUGAAGAUGUACAUUCCGACGAUGCAAGUCACAUCCACCUACGAUACAAUGAGGUCCAUAAGAGGCUUGUGGUGGUAUCUGGGAGUGGAGAUACAUACACCAUAGUGUCUUUCUCGCCGCCAAACCUUCGAAACCUUGAGUAUUUCACCGUAAGACCCAUUUUGCUCCAAUCAACGGGUCUGACCCAACACGACACGACACUAAUUGACAAGGUCGCCCGAUUUCCUGCAAGAACACUGGAAUCAAAGCUGGUAUUUGUUUCCGAAGAUACUGUAUUGGACAAGAUCAACCGUUGCCAGAAGAUCCGAUCACAUUUGGCUCCGAUCAGAUUCAUUCUGGAACCCAAACUUGUAUCAGCAGCCACCAGCGUGAAAACCAUCGUUAGAAGUACAUUAUUUUCCAUUUUCUAUUCCUUGGUGUCGUGGUUACUUGCAUUGACUAUCCCUCUACUCAGAUUUCUAAAUCAUGAAUACCACGGGACAUCUUCAGUGAAAGUUUCUGUCUGGUGCAAGCAACUUGAUCUUCGGUUACGUCAAAUUAGUUACUUCCCCGUCCAGUUUCUCUGCUACUACGAUCCUUCCAUAUUGUCGUCGAAUUUUCUCGAGGAAUUGGACCUCCCAGCCACCAAUCAGAGACACAACAUCAACAACUCCAACUACAUCAAUCUCUACAAUUCCCUUUGGCUUAUUGUGAAUGAUAUUCUCUUGGGAUCAACAGCAUACCGGCUCUAUAUGCAUAGUGGAGAUAGAUUUGUAACGUUUUUCAAUGAGAAUGUCUUGAGCAACUUGGCAUACGAUAACCUCCAACACCUAAUUGGUUGGGUCGGAUCAGAUCAUCCAGCAGGAUUCAAAUUGAACAACGAGUUGGGCCAAUUCUUACAAAAUUUGUUUGUGUGGACUCUAGAAACAUGGAGAGUGGUCUUCCACGACCUCAUCAAGAUUGGACAAAGCGAUCUGUGGCUUUCUAUCUUGAUCAAGUAUUUGUUUUUUGUGUCUUCGUGUUGUGGAGUAUCGUUCAUCGUGGCAGCGUUUAUGGACUACGUCCAUUUUGCCACUUUGCACAUCUACUACUUCAACCUUGCGACAACGAAAAUCUUCCAUCGCCAAGUGGAAAUGUUGAAGUCGCUUACUCAGUUGUUUCGAGGAAAGAAGUACAAUGUUUUAAGGAACAGAAUCGACAACUUGGAGGAAGACCAGUUCCAUGUGGACCAGUUACUCUUAGGGACGUUUAUCUUCAUGAUAUUGAUCUAUUUGUUGCCCACCACAUUUGCAUUCUACAUUCUAUUUUUCUUGUGCCGGGUGGUUAUUCUUGUCACUUUGAAGAUUGGCGACAAGAUAAUUCUCACUCUCAACCUAUAUCCACUUUUUGUGGUUUUGUUGAAGCUCAAAAACUCCCGGCGUCUUCAAGGAGGCAUAUACUUUGAGGCCCAAGGAUCGCAUGACAAUUGCAAUUGGCUCAACAUGGAGAACAAGGCGCUCACGUUCGACGAAAUCUUGGGAAAUUUCGUCAAGGUGUUUCGUGAGGAAGGAAAAUUCAAGCGAAUGGCCAUGAAUUUUAUGGAAGGAUACGAGGUUGUCAUCAAAGAUACUCGGUCGAUGAAAUUCCACUAUCUCAUGCUUCCAGGAAACUAUGACAAGCUCAUUAACGUGUGGCAGAGUACCAACGUUUAA